AUGGAGGGGCCAGAACACGCGAUCAAAAUUCUGCUUCUGGGGGAUGAGCAAUGUGGCAAGUCUACAUUUUUAUCCCAGGGGCGACACACCCUCCGCGGCCCCGUUCCCAUCCAGAUGCUCCGUGACAUGGACCAGCCAUUCAUCUUCGAAGUCCGCUCCAAGAAAGGCCGGUACCGCUUCGAGUUUUAUGACACCGCUAGUCCGGAAAGCUGGCGGCUCCUCCACCCCGACGUGGUCAUCCUCUGCUACGACAUCAGCCAGCGGUCAACCCUCGUCAACCUCCAGAGGGUGUGGGUUAAAGAGGUGAAGUUGACUUUCUCCACCAGCGACACGCUCCCAGUGUUGGUUUUGGGGCUCAAGAGAGACCUCCGUCGAGAAGAUGACCCCAACGGCGUGCUCUUACCGCAAGAAGGACUCUGCGUAGCGCAAGAGAUGCGCGCUGACAGAUAUAUGGAGUGCUCUGCCGUAACGGGCGAGCUGUUGACCGAGGUAUUCGACGACAUCUGCCUGACCGCCGUCAAGACGACAGAGGGGGGCGGUCAAUCCGAAGGAGGAUGCGUCAUCCUCUAG